AUGGGUGAGGACAUUCGCUUCAGGGUUGUACAAUGGAAUGGUAAGGACACGGAGCCGCUCAAAUUUUGUGUCCUCAUCUAUUGCGUAUUCAGAUUAUCGUCUUAUUUUAUCCUAUCAUCCCGUUCGCCAGUUAAAGGAGAUAAGGGAUUGCAAGCUAAAGAACUGCGCGAUGCUACAGCACAGGCGAUAUCGAAUGCAUGGAAGGAUUCCCGUUCAGCAUCGACAGCCUUAGCCAAGCUGGUGAACAAUGUGAACACCUCACUGCUCCAGGGCUUCAACGAUUCUUUUACCGCGGAGCUGACACCCGCUCAACGGGAGGACUAUGACGCAGUAGUGGCCCAUGUCAAGAGUUGCUACGAGGGACCACACCUUCAAAAUAUGGCACGGCGAGCUUUAGCGAAAUGCAAGAAAGAACCUGGAGAAUCAACUUCGGCGUUUGCAGAUCGAAUUUUCAGUUAUAGUGUUGUUUUUACCGCUCAAACGCCUUACCAACCUCCGGAUGGAUCUGUGUUAAUAUGGUCGCCCGACAAGGAGGAAUCCUGUGGCUUUGUACUGGUGGCUAAAAUGGCAGGUCACCUUCUUGGUGACAUUUGGAUCAGCGAUUCCAAGGAGUUCGCACUUUCGUGGCACGAUGACAGCUCCCACCUCAAUCCCAUCAAAAUACAGGUAGGCGAUAGGGUAUUCCUACGCGAUUUUGCACCUAAAAUUGGAUUAUCGCAAAAAUUAUGCAAUCCUUGGCUGAGGCAGUUUCGCGUGAUUGCGGUAGAUCCACCUCACUUUACUAUCAUUAGCGUUUCCGCACCGCAAUCUUCCUCCAAAAAGGUGCAUAUGAAUCAGAUUAAAAAAUGCUUUCGCGUUGUCGAGCCCGUAUUCACCUCCCCGUGGGUGCCAGCGCAGGAACAAGCAGAGCUGACCGCAGUAGGAGCAUCCGAUGUCACAUUGGGUCGUGAAUAUACUGUUUUCACUGAAUCAGAAAUGUCAAUACCCGCUGCCGUUUCACACGGCUACAACACUGCUUCAGAUCCCGUCGCUCUUCAUUAUGAAUCGUCUAGCAGAAAACGGUUCGAAUUUUUAGGUGCAGUUCAUUCACCGCUCUGGCGUAGCUCACUUCAUGAGCAUUCAACAGAGCAUAUCACUCCAGCAACAUGUAUUAUAAUCAUCACCGACUAG